AUGCCCCGCCCGCAUACCCCGCAUACCCCGCAUACCCCGCACGCCCGCAUGCCCCGCAUGCCCCGCAUGCCCCACGCGCAGCACUCCCAAUCCCCUCAAGCGUGUCCGUCGCCGCAUCAGGCCGCACGAGCCUCUCGCGAGCACGGAAGGCAAGGGGCGGAGAGACGCAGGUGGGCGCGAGCGGGUGCGCGCGGACGUGCGGGGAGGGCGGGGCGUGGUCGCAGGGCAGCAGAGGCGGCGGGUUGUGAGCGGAGUGGAGUGGAGUGGAGAGAAGCAUCGGGCAUGGCGGAGGCGGCGGACUACGUGGUGCCAGCCAUCGCCAUCACAGCCGCCACCGCGCUCACCUUCAUUGCCGUCAGCUUCAACGAGCUGCGCGAGAAGUCGGCGGUGCAGCAGGAGUUGAAGCAGCAGGCGCGGCUGUUGGAGGAGCAGGAGGGCGUGGUGCUGCGCUCCAGCCUCUCGUCCAAGGAGAAGCGCCGCGCCAGGCAGGGCAAGAAGAAGGGCUCCUGA